AUUCAUAACCAGUGUACGUUGAGUUGCAGAGUGUAGUGUUGUAUAGGUUAUGUAGAAGCAUUCGUAGUUUUCAAUCGUUUAAAAGAACAUCGAUAUUUUGCGGUAGGUUCAGAUUUUUAUACAUGUAUAUAUACAUUCGUUUUGGAAAGCAUUGAUCGAGAUAAACACAUUCGACAUGUCUCCCUUGGCAUCGACUCUAUUGAUUCUCGGGCUACUAAGUGGUCUCGGCGUGAUAAGCUUCGGUCUCUAUUAUCAGUUUGGUCGGCAAACUUCUUUGUUCACGAAGCUGACAAAAAAUGACCUUACCGAAGAGUGGACAAUUCAGAGAAGCGAUUCGACCUUCAUGCCUCUCGUCACCGAUAUCAACGGCCAGCUGAUUCACGUCUGGUUCUCCAACGACGGCCAGACCAUCCAUUUGGAGUCGACAGCCAGCGACUGUCUAAUCUCGUUCGUCGAUCACAAAAGAGUCAAGGAUCCGCUUCAGGUGGUGGGAUCGGCGAUCGGCAACGCCGUCGUCGCGCUCGUCGAAGAGGACGUCACGAAUCGGCAGACAAACUUUCGUAUCUAUUCUUUUCACGAACGGUAUCAAUGCAGUUUAAGCAUCAUUAAGGACAUCGCCUUGGACGAGGUUGUUUUGAACAAGACCGUUUUUCUCGUCGCUCAGCACUAUACCUUCGACGUCUUUUUGAAAGAUGAUCGAUACUGCGGACCAGGCAGGAUCUGCAGACGUAGCUACGAGGGCCACACGGGAAAGGCAGUCAGCCUCAGCAACGAUACCCAGCUGACAGUUGCAUCCGACGUAUGGAGCAUCAGCUCGGUGGCGAAGAACGUUCCUUCAUCGGGCUUCAUCUACACGCAAAUUUUUCCAAACGGCCGCAGUAUCUUGAUUCAGAAGCUCGACUCUGACCUGAAGUCCCUUGCCAGCAGCAAGUGGUCCGGUAUCGAUCAUUACUCGACAAGUGCAGGUAGGAUCAGUCUCUGUAAGGAGGAGACCAAUCAAACGCUGAUUUGCAGUCUCGUGGAUGCAGACCUGAAAGAUCUGGUUGACGAAAGCAUCGUCGUGCCUGUGGAUGAAGACAGACGUAGUCUGCAACUGCACAACCUACCGAAGGGUGGUGUGAUCGUUCUCUGGAUCGGCAAGGCUGAGCACCAAGUGUUGUACGAUCAGGACACACUCGUCGUACGAAUGCGAAUAGUCGACGCGGAGGGAAAGGUCAGCGAUGUAAUCGAGCUGCUGGAUCACAACGUUUGCGCGGAAAACGAAAUCCGCAGCCUCGAGACGUCCGACCGCGAGGGACUGUGCUUCCGCGUCAGUUGCCACAGUGGAGUCAGUGUCAAGUGUAUCGUUCGCAACAAGGACAGACUCUUCAACUGGGUGUGAAAACAACUACUGAUGGUGCACUCCCUUAUGUUACCAAUGUUUUGUAAUGCAUGAAUAAACGAAAAAAUAAACAGUUGAAGAAAAAAA